UAGAUUUGACAUUUCGGUUUUCGAAAACAAUCUCAAGUCAAGGACCAAGGAUCGGAAACAAAGUAGAAUAAAGAAAACAAGAAACAGGUUCAAACUCGCUUGUAUUGAAUUAAAUAAUUUAUAGUAACCACAACUGCCGAUACUAGAAUUUCAAAACAUUGUCAAUAAAAGUUUUAAAUGUUUCGGUGAUAGUGAAUUCUGUGAGUUAUUGAAAGGACAAUAUGACGGCUACAGCAUCAGCGGUGACUGCUUCUGUUGACGAGGACUUGGAUGAGUGUGGGCCACAGCUCAUCACUAAACUAGAGGGAAAUGGAAUAACAUCUGGAGACAUAAAAAAGUUAGAAGAAGCAGGUUACCACACAGUAGAAUCAGUGGCCUAUGCCCCUAAGAAAUGGCUCAUUACAAUAAAAGGUAUAUCAGAGGCGAAGGCUGACAAAAUACUUGCAGAGGCAUCCAAGUUGGUGCCUAUGGGAUUCACUACAGCCACUGAAUUCCAUCAAAAAAGAUCUGAAAUAAUUCAACUAACAACAGGCUCCAAGGAGCUUGACAGACUAUUGGGUGGUGGAAUAGAGACUGGAUCCAUCACAGAAAUUUUUGGAGAGUUCAGAACAGGCAAGACUCAAAUAUGCCACACACUAGCUGUUACAUGCCAGCUACCCAUAGAACAAUCGGGUGGUGAAGGCAAAUGCAUGUACAUCGACACAGAAGGCACAUUCCGUCCGGAACGACUGCUAGCGGUUGCACAACGCUACGGCAUGGAGGGCGCAGCGGUGUUAGACAAUGUGGCUUAUGCGCGAGCUUAUAACACUGACCACCAGACACAACUGCUGGUUCAGGCUUGUGCUAUGAUGGCGGAGUCAAGGUACUCCCUCAUUAUUGUGGAUAGUGCAACAGCUUUAUACAGAACCGAUUAUUCGGGCCGUGGUGAGCUUAACUCCAGACAGUUACACCUGGGACGAUUCAUGAGGAUGCUUCUUCGACUUGCUGAUGAGUUCGGCGUAGCAGUAUUAAUAACAAACCAAGUAGUAGCCAACGUGGACUCAGUGGGCGUGUUCAACGCGGACACGAAGAAGCCCAUUGGCGGACACAUCAUUGCGCACGCGUCGACCACUCGACUUUACUUACGAAAGGGGCGGGGCGAUAACAGAGUCUGCAAGAUUUAUGACAGUCCCUGCUUACCUGAAACUGAAGCUAUGUUCGCUAUUAGUACGGAGGGAAUUACUGAUGCUAAGGAAUAGACUUUAACAGCCUUACUAAACAAACUUAAACAUCUGUUGAACACUUGUCUAAAAAAAGUAUGGCUGCAAAACGGAUCUUAUUUUAACGUCAUAAUCUGUUUUUUUUAGACAAGUGUUCAACAGACGUUUAAAAGUUUUUGUGGUUUGACGGUAAAUUGUUGUGUCAAAAUGAUUGGCACUUUCGAAGGCUUUAUCUACUUACGAACCACAUCUAAACAGAUGGUGAAACUAUGGUGUGCUACAAAAUUACAAACCACUACUUUUAAAAUUUCGAAUAUGACUUUGGUUUU